AUGGCCAAGAAAAAGACCACAGUCCGCAAGUCGACCAGACAAUCGACCUACCCCCACCGGAGCAGCACAACCAACAGCAAAGCCGCCUCCGUCUCCCCCUCCAACGCUUCCUCACCCUCCCCUCCUCCACAAUCCGAUAACCACCACCAUUCUCACACUGCUGCUUCGUCGUCCUCCUCCUCGGCUUCCUCUCCUACCUCCCCAGCGGCGAUGACCACUUGUGGCAGCAGCAGCUCGAGUCGACGCAAAGGUCUGCCGAGACGAUCCCCCUCUCAGAACGAUCCCUCAAAGGGAAUCGUCUUUUCCUUCCGCUUCCAGAACGACCCUGGGCUCUCGAUGGCGGUCGACAUUCGGAGCUAUGAUCAGCAGUUUGGACCCCCAGACCCAGACAGCUGUGAGAAAGCGGACUCGAAAGCUGCUGGGCCUUCCGCGGGUUCCUCUUUGUCACUGGCGGGGUCUCAUGCUCUCCUUCAUAAGAGCGCCGAUGAUACAAUCAAGGUUGGCAGCAUCCAUGGAGGAGCAGCAGGAGGAGUUGUCCGGAUGAACGGAGGUCACUGGUCCAGCGACCCUACUGCCUACAGGAACAGCAACGUCUAUGACCAGACCCGCAACCUCCUUAUCCUUCACACCCGCAAGCCAUCUCCCCAAGCGGUGCCGUCAGGACCAUCACAGGCGGAAUCAGGCGUAUCACUCAUAACAACCACAGCAGUAGCAGGAGCACAAGCAUCAACCAUGGCAACGACGGCUAUGACAGCAACCAAGGGAGCAGUGGAACCAGUGACUACAUCAUCGUCGUCGCCAUCAAACAGCAGUCAUCCAGCUGCGUUCCAUCCAUAUCGCACCCAGCGUCGGUCGUCUAGACAGCAACUUACAAAGUGCGGCGGAGAUAGUGGGUUGCCGAUGCCCCAGACUCUGGAUGCAUUGAAUUCAGCCCAGUCUUCAACCCGGUUCUUGAACGUCCGAGGAUUGGGAGGCGCCAGCCGUGGCCGUCGUAUGCAGGUUAUCCUCGUUUCUUGA